UAAUUCUAUAGAAAAAAAUAGAAGACUUAAGGUUAACUCUUAAUCAGCAACGAAUCGUGUCUAAUAUGUCGACGGAUUUUUAUAUACGCUAUUACGUAGGUCACAAAGGAAAAUUCGGUCACGAAUUUCUUGAGUUCGAAUUCAGACCUGAUGGUAAAUUGCGAUAUGCAAACAACUCGAAUUACAAAAAUGAUACAAUGAUUCGGAAAGAAGCUUAUGUGCAUCAGUGUGUGAUGGAGGAAUUGAAAAGGAUUAUUCAAGACUCUGAAAUCAUGCAAGAAGACGAUUCUUUGUGGCCACAACCAGAUCGAGUUGGACGCCAAGAAUUGGAAAUCGUGAUCGGUGAUGAACACAUAUCGUUUACAACGUCAAAAACUGGUUCUUUGUUAGAUGUAAACCAAUCACGGGAUCCAGAAGGACUAAGAUGCUUUUAUUAUCUUGUGCAAGAUCUGAAGUGUUUAGUAUUCUCUCUUAUAGGACUUCACUUCAAAAUAAAGCCUAUAUAA